GCAGAGUUGAGUGACCAAAAGCAGCCUGCAUGUCGUGCUGCUCACAAAGGGUUCACUAUGGACAUACAGAUGAGCCCUCUCCUCUGUCUCCUGGUGUACAUGACUUGUGUUGUUCAUGGAGAUAACACACACAGAUUUCUAAUUACAGCCCCGAGUGUCUUUCAUGUGGGGGUGAAAGAACGCAUAUCGGUCCAGGUGGGAGAAACAUUGCAUGACAAGACUGUGUCCUGUCGGUUAGAAACUGAGAUGCGUGUCCCAAUGUCAGCCAGUCAAAGCAAAACAAUCACUGGAAAAGGACAGGUUAAGACGAUGGAUCUUGAGAUUUAUGCGAAUGAAGUUUCAAACCUGAAAUCGACCAUUAAUGGGCCUCCAUACCUCAAUUUGGCUUGUGAUGUUGGAGGUGUCAAACGGAUGGCCCGGGUCCUGGUCUCUCAACACAGUGGUUACAUCUUCAUUCAGACAGACCAACCCAUAUACAACCCUUCAGAAAAGGGUGCAGGCCGUGGCACAGUUAGGUUCAGGAUCUUCACUCUGGAUCACUCCAUGCGACCAAAAUCCGACUAUGUUCAUGUGUCUGUGUUUAACGCUGAUGGAAACCGGAUCAAGAAAAUGAUGGUCAAAGUUGAUGGCAUUUUCUCAAAGAACUUCCACAUUCCUGAUGUUUCAAAGCCUGGUGUUUGGAGGAUAACAGCGCAUUACAAAGGUGAUGAGAAAAAUCCUGCAGUGCGUGAAUUCAAGGUCCAACAGUUUGUUCUUCCCAGCUUUGGAGUUUCCAUUCAGCCAGCAACAGGCUUUCUGCUUGUGAAUGAGACAUUUACAUUCACCAUUCAAGCUUUAUACACAUAUGGAAAGACCAUUGAUGGUGGUUUUCACUGUCGAUUUGGGAUAAAAGAGGAAAAGUCUGAGAAUAAAGGGCAGGAAAUCAAAUUCCUUGGAGGACUGGAGCAAAUGGGAUCUGUGAAAAAAGGCAAAGCUGAGGUUGCAGUUAAAAGUUCAGACCUCAAAUCAAAACUCAAGAAUUUAACACUAGAAGAUUUGGCAGAAACUCAGUCCCAAUUCUACAUUGCCGUCACAGUCACAGACAUUUUAAGUGGAGAGGUGCAGGAAUCAGAAGUUUUUCUUCCCAUUGUUCAGAGUCCAUUCAUCGUGGACCUGUCACGGACAAGAUUAUACUACACCCCGGGAUUUCCCAUUGAAGUGGUGGUCACAGUUCAUCACCCGAAUGGUUCUCCAGCCAAACAUGUCCAGGUGCAUUUAGAUGUAUCAAGUACAGAUAAGAACUCUAUCAGUAUUAAAACUAAUGGAGAUGGAAUAGCAUCUUAUGCUUUCAACUUAAUAGAAACACCACCUUCCAUAUCAGUAAAGGCAACGGUGGAUGGUGUCAAAGAAACGCUAGUAGUGCGGCGUAUCAGUUCCUCAGGAAACAGCUUUCUGUAUAUGAGCGCGACUACUAAGGUUCUGUCACAAGGAGAAUCUAUAGAGGUUAUGCUUCAUGUCAGCGGUAAUCCAGAAGACAGACAAAUUCAUUACAUGACUCUCAGCAGAGGCUCACUGAGAGAAGCAAGAUCUGUCGAUUCAAGUUCUCUAGUAAAAAUCCACAUCCUCAUCACUCCAGAGAUGAUCCCUUCCUUCAGACUGAUCGGCUUCUACUAUAACACUGGUGGGGACAUCAUUGCAGACUCUGUGUGGGUGGAUGUAAAGGACACGUGUGGAGGAAAGCUUGAGGUAAAACUGAGAGAUGAUCACCAGCACCAGCCAGGAGAUUCAGCUGACCUUGAAGUUGAUGUGGGUAAUCAGGAAGAUGCCACUGUGGCCUUACUAGUCGUGGACAAAGGCAUCUACGCCCUCGGCACUCAAAACAAACUCAUUUUAAAACAGGUGUUUGCCUCAAUGCAGUCGUAUGAUCUGGGGUGUUCAUAUGGGGGUGGGGAGAAUACAGCUGCAGUGUUUAAUGAUGCUGGUCUGGCCUUCAUCUCCCACUCGACCACAGUCCGCUCAAUGAUGAGAAAAGGUUUCAGCUGUAAAUCUGGGUUUAGACGAAACAAACGCUCUAUAGAUGUCCAAGCCGAAAUGGCUAGAAAAGAGGCUGCAUUUGAUAUGGAACAGCAGAGGAAAUGUUGUCGUCACGGCUUUACGCAGAUUCCAAUGAGGCUCACUUGUGAAGACAGAGCGAAACGAGUGAGCAAACUGGAAAACAAAGACUGUGUCGAUGCCUUCAGAGAAUGCUGUGAGUUUGCAACCAAACUAAGAGACAAAAAGAGGAGAGAGGAUCUAAAAAAAGGACAUGCUCGAACUGCUAAUGCCAAUGAAAUCGAGGAAUUAUUUGACGAUGAAGUACAAACUAUUCGCCGGCAUUUCCCCCCAAGCUUUGACUUUAGAGAGAUUAAGGCUAAAGGAAAAUUUGGAUACAAAAUCUAUAUACCUGACUCUAUCACAACCUAUGAGAUCCAGGCUGUCAGCACGUCUAUAUCACAUGGUUUUUGUGUGGCAGAGCCUGUUGACCUUCGUGUAUUUAAGGCACUGUUUUUGUCCUUGAGGCUUCCCUAUUCUGUGAAACGCUUCGAGCAGCUGACUAUAGUUGUGGUGAUCUUUAAUUAUGGCAAGAUGGACUAUGAGCUUAUUGUGCGCAUGAGAGAAGUGGAAGGUCUUUGUUCACCAGGAACAUCAUCCUACGUCACUAUCCAUCUGGACCCUGAGUCCUCUCAGACUGUGACUUUCUCUGCUGUUCCCAUGGUAACAGGCGAAAUUCCCAUCAUCAUUGAACUUUAUGACGCUGAAGACAGAAAACAGGUGGACGCCAUUCAGAAGAUGCUCUUGGUCAAGAAUGAGGGAGUUGAAAUAAGAAGUGAACAGACUUAUGUCAUUAAUCUGGAUGGUAGAAGUGACCAAAACGUUUUGAUCAAUGGAGUUUUCCCAAACAACACAGUGCCUGAAACAGACGUCAACCUGUUCGUCAAGCUAGAAGAAGAUGGAUUUGGCCAGUCGACUGCUGCUCAGCUGCUUUCACCAAUUAAAGUGGAAAACCUGAUCAUGGAACCUACAGGCUGUGGAGAGCAGACUAUGAUCAGAAUGUCUCCGACUGCCUUAUCAAUCCACUACUUAGACAAAAUUAACGGCUGGCUGGAGCUGGAAGCAGGGUCCAGAGACAAAGCACUUGAUUUUAUUGAAAAAGGUUAUGAACGGAUUUUGACAUUCAAGAAGCCUGAUGGAUCAUACGCAGCUUGGAUCGACCGUCCAACAAGUACCUGGUUGACGGCUCUAGUGGUGAAGGUGUUGUCCCUCGUGGCUGAUCGGCAGAUAGAAACCAAACAACAAAAUGGAUUGACAGAAAAGGAGAUUUCUCAGGAGGAAAUCCGCAAAUCAGUCCUUUAUCUGAUUAAAACACAGAGUUCAGAUGGAUCCUUUACUGACUCUAAUCCAGUCAUUCAUCGGGAAAUGCAGGGUGGUGUUGGGGGAGUUGAGCAAGAUGCCUCUUUAACAGCUUUCAUCACUAUAGCCCUCUGUCGCUCCCUGCCUUUUCUGGACAAAGAAACAGCCGAUGUGAGGAACAGCAUCUCCCGUGCCACUGACUUCCUGCUCGCACGGGUUAAGGAUCUGAAACGACCAUAUGCCUUAGCCAUUACAGCGUACUGUUUGUCUACCUGCCUUACUGACCAAACUCCUGCAAUCUCAGCUUGGGAGAAACUCAAAAGUAAAGCAAAAAAAGUAACGCAGAAUGAGUGUCUUGUAUGGGGAAAUGAGGACACUAUGCGAUUGGAAAAUGAGGCUAGAGGUUACCUGGUUCCCUCUGGAGUGGCACUGACAAUAGAGAGCACAGCAUACGCUCUCCUGACCGCACUCAAACAUAAGGACCUCGAGACGGCACGUAGAGCUGCCUGUUUCUUGUCUUCACAGGAGAACUAUGAAGGGGGUUUUAAAUCAACACAGGACACUAUUGUGGCUUUGGAGGCUCUCUCUGAGUACAGAUUGAGCAUACCAGAACCUCCCAUCACUAGCAUCAAUGCACAAUUCACCGUGACAGGCAGAUCUGAGACUGAGAAGCUGCUUUUCGACAACAAUGAAAAGGGAGUUGAAGCAGAAUUGAAGAGACUUCUCGGAAACAACAUAAAUGCAAAGUUUUCGGGAAAAGGAAAAGUUCAAAUGAAAGUGGCAAAAGCUUAUUAUGCUUUUAAGGAAGAUACCAACUGUGCUGAUGUGUCAAUAAACGUUACUGUGACGGGAAAAGUACAAUACACAAAACGGAUACAAGAAAAUUAUGAUUAUUAUGACUACGAAAACGAAGAGGAGACGAAGGAAGAGGAAGACUUCCCUCGAACCAACAUCGAGUGGUUUGAUGCCCGCAGCAGACGCAGACGUGACACCGCGCAAAACAACCAACAUGACGUGAUAUACGAAGUGUGCGUUAGUCACGCUCAGGGGAGGAACCUCUCUGGAAUGGCAAUUGCUGACAUCACUCUUCUUAGUGGCUUUGUUGCUGUCGAUGCAGAUCUAGAAAAGCUGAAAACCCUGGUUGAUAGCUAUAUUUCUCACUAUGAGACAACAAAAGGAAGAGUCUUGUUGUACUUCAAUGAGAUAGAAGCCGAUGGGAUGUGUUUGGCAUUUGGAGCUGAGCAAGAUGUACCCAUUGGUUUAAUUCAACCAGCUCCUGCUACGUUUUACGAUUACUAUGAGCCAGACAGGAGAUGCUCCGUGCUCUACAGCGCCCCCAAGAGGAGCAAGAUGGUUUCUAUUCUGUGUUCUGAUGAUGUUUGUCAAUGUGCAGAAAAGGGUUGUUUCACAGAAAGGAAAACAUUUGAGAUGAAGAUUUACAAAAAGGACCGCUUUGAAUAUGUCUGUUACCGGUACCAUGUUGAUUAUGCUUUAGAGGUUAGCGUGGAAAGAGCUGAUGAAGAAGGCAGCUUUAUACUGUACUCCACAACUGUAAAUGAGGUCCUCCGAUACAAUGAGGACCAGGCUGUGAAGCCAGGCAGCAGCCGGGUGUUUGUUAAGAGGAAACACUGCAAGAGUGAGCUGAAAGUGGGCAACACAUACCUCAUCAUGGGCAAUGAUGGCCGUACCAAAGACUUGGAUGGAAGCAUGAAGUACCUGCUGGAUUCAAAGACAUGGGUUGAGCAGAAGCCAACAAACUCAACAUGCUUAGCGUCAGUCAAUAAGCAAUUCUGUUUGGGAUUCAAAAAAUUUAUGAAAGAGUACCAAGUUGAUGGAUGUGAUGUUUAAUCUGUGUUUGGGGCAAUUUAAUUACUCCACCUGACACAAAGCACAAAGGCUUUGAUUCUACCAUAAACCUACACUUCUCUUUUAUUAACAGAUUGUGAGCGAGAACCUUAAUUUGUAGGACUUGGUUUGACCGUUAUCAUGCCUUGUUGGCUUUGUGUAUGGAAAUGGCAUCCUUUACAAUUUCACCUUAUACUUCAAUAAUGUAGUCUCACAUUUUAGAAACAACCAUAAUUCAUCAAUUUAUUGUAUAAUAAGGCUAUCACAAUACCAGAAUUUGACUACAUGAUUAUCAUGCUCAAAUGAAUUCACAAUAUUAUUGGAUCUCUACUGAAAUGUUUUAAAUAAAGUUAUCAGUCAGUCAAAUUCAUCUUUUAUUUUUUUUUUUGGGGGGGGGUGAGGUUUGCAAAUGAAUCCCUAUCCCAAUACAAGCGUAGGAAGGCAAAACAGAGUUUGUGGCUCUUAAGGCAAAAACUAUGAUAAAGUAUCAAGCAAUGCUGUUGCUGUCCUUCCGAAACCUUUCGCUGUUUUUCAGGAAAUGGAAAAAACACUGUACUUUCUUUACUCAACUCAACUUUAAUUGUAUGAAAAUGAAAAUUGUAAAAAGCGCUAUAUAAAUAAAGUUGUACCUGCAAAAACAAGAAAAAGGGUGAAAACAUAGAAGACAGACAUACCCACAUACAAAACACUCCACACACACAAUAUGCACACGUACUAACACACAGUCAUAGACACACGGACGCGCACGCACGCACACACGGACACGGACACGCACGCACGCACGCACGCACACACACACACACGUACACAAACAAGUACGCGCACACACACAUGCUCAGUGAGAGCACACAUUUAAGAUAAAGGAGAGAGAAGCACAGGUCAAAUAUAACAGACUAUAAAUUCCUAUAUGCAAUAUUAAUUACAGUUUUUGCCCAUUGCUUGAACAC